UCUGCAGAAAGUGUUUGCACAGAUGGAGGAAAAACUCUCUGAAGUCGAAACUUUAGCCAAGUCUGUGUCCUCUCAGGAGAGCAGCAAGAACCGACACACCAUGCUGGCGGAACUAGACCAGGAAGCGGGAAAAGUCACGAGUAAGGUGAAACUAGUGGCGCUGGACGUGGUGGGUACCGAAGCGGACGACUUGGAGCGAGUGCAAUUGCAACAGGAACUAGCAGAAAGUCGAGCAAAACUAGUGGAAUUGGCAGAAGCUACCUUGCAGAAUAGAUUGCAUGAACUGGAUCUAGGUGGACCAAGCUCUGGAGGAGGACUUCUAAGGCUUGGAGAAGGACUGCUAAGUCAAGGGUCGAGAGCAGGUUCUUCUUCUUCGAUGCGAGGUACACCUGUUUCAACUCCUUCUUCAACUACGCCAUUACGAUCGCCAGGAAGAAGUCCUGGAGCUGCACAUCCUUUCUCUAAUGGUGCUGGAUCUUCUAGUACGUCGAAUAGGAAUACGAGAGAACAUGAGCAUGUGCACAUUUUGCAUCGACGCCUCCAGGGUCUCUUGACGACUGUGCGACAGCUAGAAACCCAAAUAGACGAAACAACGUUGUUGUGCAACUACGCAGUGAAAACAGCCAAUGGAGCCAAUGGGCUUGGAGGUAGAGCAGGAACGUCGAGAGAGCAAUUGCAACAUCAUCAAGGCCUGAAUAUGCGAACAAGAGCUGCUCCUGAAUACAAUGGGCUAACCAGUAGGUCUCCUGGAGGUGGAGCUGGAGGGAAGCAUCCAAUUGGUGGUGCUAAUGGACGCGGACGAGGCCCCUCUGCAUCCACUUUGUUUCAAGAACAACUACAGCAGCAUACACGAGCUACUGGCACGGCUUCUUUUCGUGCGACUGGCCGUCCACCACCUCUGAAUCCUGUUCUCUAUAAAGACCAUGUACUUCUAGAACAUGGGAAGACAAGUGGAGGCGCCUCUAAGUCCUCUGCGCAGAUAUCUACGCCAGCCUCAGCGCGGUCAGCAAAGGGAUCUACGACUUACGGCCUUCACUUCUUGGAGGAUGAAGGUGGGAUCACGUUGCUUGGAGCCGCUGGAGGAUCUAAGAACUCAAAAUCUUCAAUCGCCUCAUCUGCCGGACGUUCGCAGCAGCUAGGACAUGCCGGAGGACAUCAGAUGCCGCUCAACUACACAACAUCUUCGACCUUUCAGCAUGUAAAUGCCUACGAGAACGCAGUACCUCUUCAUCAUCAGAAUGCCUUUGAGCAGGGACCACUGUUAUCUCGCGGAAUCCGAGGGACAGUGCUGCACGCAGGAGCUAAUAUCAAUGCGGGAGGAAGCGGAGGAGCUCCAACUUCCUCUUACUUCUGUGAUUUUGCACCACAGAUACAUGAGCUAUUGAACGAUCUGGAAUUGGACCAAGGUGGAGGACCUAGUGAAAAUAGUAAAGCUAAAGUUGCCGUGGAGAGGAACAAGAACCCUCUAAAGCGCAAGACGAAGGGAACGAAGCUGCAACAAACCGUGGGCACAGCGAAGAAAGACGCGGAUCUUCAAAGUUGUCUUCGGGAUGUCAAUAUGAAGAGUAGUACAACAACAACUUCUGCUUCUGCACAAUUUCGCGUCGGAGGAGCCACGGCGUCGGAUGAACAGAACACGAAGGAGGUCAUGGAUGUGCUAAAAAAUGGCAAGAAAAGUGCGAGCAAGGACACUCAUGAUAUGGACUUAGAGGCGCGCGUAGCUGAGCUUUUAGAAAAAGAGGAGGCGGAAGUGGACCUAGGGACGCGCAUCCACAACCAACUACAGGCCUACAUUCAAUGCGUAAGAGCGAAUGGUACAACUUCUCAAGAGCGGGAGUCACAGAGCAGCACCAAUCAAAACAUCGCAUCUCACAAACUACUACAUCCAGACCAGAACCAGAAGAAUCAACCGAAGAAUUUGAAUUAUGUUCAACCUCCAGCUCCUCCGCAGAACAAUGCACCUCAUCAAGCUCAAGGUCGUCUACAGAACAACCAUGGGGAUGUAAAAAACCUUCAUCGCACUUCUUCCACCUCAUCAUUCGGCGUAGGUCCCACCAGUAGCAGUGCGAGCUGGCUCAACAAAGAGCAUCGAUCCGGAGCCUCUUCAAACGGUUCCGAGACCGACUCGGUGUCUUCCUACAACACACACGUAACCGUUCUAGGCGGAGGAGGUGCUCGUGGAGGCGCUGGGGCUGGAACAAUUGGACUUGGAGUUGGAGGAGUUCAACUCUCUCAAAACAACAAGUCGUCUUCAGGUUCUGGCUCAUCUAAGAGUAAUGGAGGUAGUACAACAACAACGUCAGGCUCGGGAGAAACCCUAAGCUGUAAGCAACAGGAACAGUCCUCCUUGUCUUCUCCCGAUAACAAACAGAAGUUGGGUGAUCUCCGACAAUUGCAAAAGAUGGCAGCCAAUGGACUCGUGCCGGGAGGUGCGGGAACACCGACUUUUGGCUCGAGGAGGCACUCCUUCGACUCACAAGAGAGCUAUCAACAGAGACAAGGAGUUCUUGGAGCUACACAAGCCCAACUACAAAAUAGUACUAGUGCCACUGCUGGAAGUUGUCAAGGUGGCAGAAUGGCUCCUCCUCAGCUAGUACCCAACAAGAAAAAGGGUAACAACGUUUUGCAGAAGCAUGACAGCAUUACGAGCUUGAGCAACACCAGCGUCUACGGAGCAGCGGGAACGACUUCAAAUACCCCAGACAACACGCCGUCAGUCUGCGGACACUCAGCAAUAUCAGUCUCGGGAAGUGCUUUACUGGACGGUUCGGUUGUAAGUUUUGGCGCACAGAGACAAAAACCAUCAUUAACUUUCAGUGGUGAUGUCAUGAGUGCAGCUUUGAUGAGCGGAGAAAAGGAGAAGCCAAGUCCUGGCGCUGUGACUAGUACAACAAGCGCUGGAGCAGGGAGUGGUUUUUUGUUUGGUGCAGCUCCUGGUCCUGGAGCAUCCGCUGGAGCCGCAGGCACUACUACCAAAACAGGAGCAGAUACAACGAAGACUACAGAGACAUCAUCAAAAACUACAUCUUCCACUGCAGCUACAGGUGGUCUGUUUGGUGGAGGAGCGUCAACCUCAACCGAAG